ACGGAGGUUCCAAUGAUACUAAGAAUGUCUGGAACUACUAGAGCAGUUAAACUUGCAGGAGAGACUGGUGAAGUUCUUCGCUCGAUUGGGCACAACACACGUGAUAGAUUGGUAAAGGCAGAAAAGGCUGGAGACGAAUUAGAGACCAUCAAGGAGUCCGCUAAAUACCUGUGUAAACAUUUUAAGUCUGAGAAAGACAAACUACAUGUUGAGAUCCUAGUCGCUGGCUGGGACAAUGUGCAAAAGGAGGGUGCACCUUGUAUUUGGUAUGGUAAUCAUCUCUGUCCAAGUAUUGUGGCGUCACAAAGAGCCAUAGGUCCUGGCAGAGUUCCCGCACGCCGUAUUUUGGCCUGACAUAAAAUUGGCAUGAGUGAAAAGGAGGCCAUAGAAU